UAUGUAGCAGUAACUUUGGCCCUACAGUGACAUCUCUGAAGGAUUUCUUACUGGAUAUGCAGCUUAGUUUUGUUUACAGUUGCAAUCAAGAGUCCCAGUUGUCCUCACUGCAGGACUUCAAGAGCUAAGUAAAUCUGACAGACGUUAAGGUAUUUCCCCAGUUCACUUCCUUGUUUAGGCAAGGCUGGGAUAUUCACUCAGCUGGAAUAGGACUGAAUCUGACUGGGGUACAUCAUCUGAGUAUAACAGCUGGAAUGUUUCUUACUGUUCAGUUACGGAAAUGGAAGAGAAGAAUUUAGCCAACUUAGACAUGUUGUCACAAAUCCGUAUAUGCAUCGCAGAAUGGUGAAUCUGAUCCAGCAGUGGCAGCUCUUGCCGUUCAGCAUUCUUUAUUUCAGAUACAGGAUCCCAGCCAAUAUGUACAGUGUCAUGGUGCUGAGGCCUGUGUCCGUGCCCUCUGGGCAGUAGUGAUGCUCUGUCACAGAUGAAUCACUAGAAAUGUCCACUGGCCAUUGCUGCUGCUCAUGGGCCCAACAUUUUGUGUGCGCACAUUUUCUAACUGAAGUUAGUAAUAAUACUCGAUGCCCCAGAGCACUAGAGCUGCUUUGUGCUACUCCAGCUGGCACUAAGCAGACUCUCAGCUGGCAGAUCCAGCCACUUGAGGAUUUGGCCUCCUUCGGGUGGCUUAGAGCUUCUGUAGUAACUCCUAUGUCACCCUCUUCUAGCAGCCAGCAUGGGUGUAUGGCCUGGUGAAAGCGGCUGUAGUCAGGGCAUCUUGACACCCCCGUGAUCCUCAGCAAUCCCUGGAUCCAGAAAAGCUUUUAGGGAUCAUUGGCUGCAGGUGCAGGAUAGACUAGCUUGACAGCCGAAUUUGUCGGGGAUUGGGCUGUGCCGGGAAAUCAUAGGAUCUUGGGGAUGCAUACGUGCCCCCCCUCACCUCUCCUACUCCAAACCUGCAGUGAGCUUAGCUUGGCCAGUCCAGAGAUUCUGGUUCAAUAAACGCUACUAGCAUUAGCCUACAUCGCUUUCUAGAAUAGAGGAAGAAGAGUGACAAAGGGGAGAGAGUCAGAGGUAACAAGGAAGAAAGACAAGAGAAGACAAAGAAAAUGCGCCUUCUCAGAGGCAGUUUAGACAAGAAGCAGUGUCUCCAGGAUAGCCAAGUCUGGUGUUGGGAAGUGGCAGAAUCACCUUAGCUGGCAUAUGAAGAAACCCAGAUUCCUUGAUCUUAAGGUUGUUAUGCUGGCGAUGUACAACCUGUCUCUGGAAGGAACUGGCCGUCAAGGAUACUUCAGAUGGAAAGAAGAUAUUUGUGCUUUUAUUGAGAAACACUGGACUUUCCUACUAGGGAACAGGAAGAAGACUUCAACUUGGUGGAGCACUGUUGCUGGCUGUCUUUCUGUAGGAAGCCCCUUGUUUUUCCGCUCAGGGGCACAGGAAUUUGGAGAACCAGGAUGGUGGAAACUGGUUCACAAUAAGCCUCCUACGAUGAAACCUGAAGCAGAGAAGCUCUCUGCAUCUGCACUGAAAGCAAAAGCAGCUUCAAAACCACCUCUGGAUCCCAUCAUUACAGUGGAGGGGCUGAGGAAGCGGGUGAGCCGCAAUCCUGUAGAGUCAGCAAUGGAGCUGAAGGAGAAGAGGUCUCGCACUCAAGAAGCCAAGGACAUUAGGAGAGCCCAGAAGGAGGCAGCUGGCUUCCUGGACCGAAGCACCUCCUCCACUCCUGUCAAAUUCACCAGCCGAGGCCGUCGCCCUGACAUGGUCCUUGAGAAGGGAGAGGUGAUUGACUUCUCAUCUUUGAGCUCCUCGGAUCGAACUCCUCUAACAAGCCCGUCUCCUUCCCCAUCUCUGGACUUCUCUGCUCCUGGGACACCAGCUUCCCAUUCAGCUACUCCCAGCCUGCUCUCAGAAGCAGAUCUCAUCCCAGAUGUAAUGCCGCCACAGGCCUUGUUUCAUGACGAUGAAGAGAUGGAAGGAGAUGGAGUCAUAGAUCCAGGAAUAGAGUACAUUCCUCCUCCUAGUGGGCCAAUGGGUGCUGGGCCUAUGAUAGUGAGCAGAAAGAAAGUGAAAACGCCUGAGCAGAUCAAACAAGAGGUGGAGAGUGAAGAAGAGAAGGCAGAGAGGAUGGAAGGUGAUAGCGAAGACCCUGAAGAUUCAAAUUCAUCCCUACAGGCCAGAGGGCGAGACAAGAGGAAGCCGCAGGUGGAGAAGGACAAUAAGCCCAAAGCUCCCAAGUACACAUCUGUUAGCAUCUAUGAGGAAAAGCUGCUUCUGAAGAGGCUGGAGGCCUGUCCCAGUGCCGUGAGCAUGACCCCAGAGGCCCGGAGGUUGAGGCGCAAGCUGAUAGUCCGGCAAGCCAAGAGGGAAAGGGGACUGCCACUCUUUGACUUGGACCAGGUUGUGAAUGCUGCUCUGCUCUUGGUUGAUGGGAUCUAUGGAGCCAAAGAAAGAGGUAUUUCUAGGCUGCCAGCAGGGCAUGCAACGUACAGAACGACUAGCCAGGACUUCAGGAUUCUGGACAGGUACCAGACUUCACUGCCUGCUAUGAAGGGAUAUAGGCACCAGACAACAAAAUUUCUGUACCGACUGGUAGGCUCAGAAGACUUGUUGACAGACCACAGCAUCGUCAGUCCCUACACGUCUCGCGUCCUGAAACCUUACAUCAGGCGUGACCAUGAGACCAAGCCUCCUAAACUCCAGCUGCUGGCAGAAAUCUGUGCCCAUCCACACAAGAAUGAUCCUGACUGGAAGGCUCAGCCUGAAGCACCCAUUGAUUACUGCUAUGUUCGCCCGAACCACAUCCCCACUAUCAACUCCAUGUGCCAUGAAUUCUUCUGGCCUGGAAUUGAUUUGUCAGAAUGCCUGCAGUAUCCAGACUUCAGCGUUGUUGUCCUUUACAAAAAAGUCAUCAUUGCCUUUGGCUUCAUGGUGCCAGACGUGAAAUACAAUGAAGCUUACAUCUCUUUUCUGUUUGUUCACCCUGAGUGGAGAAGAGCGGGGAUUGCAACCUUUAUGAUCUACCAUCUUAUUCAGACCUGCAUGGGCAAAGAUGUUACUCUUCACGUCUCUGCAAGCAACUCCGCUAUGCUGCUGUACCAAAAAUUUGGAUUUAAGACUGAAGAAUACAUUUUGGAUUUUUACGACAAAUAUUACCCCUUAGAUAGCAAGGAGUGCAAGCAUGCAUUCUUCCUGAGAUUGCGACGAUAAUAUACCACGGAUACACAGAGCUCUGUGGAAAACUUGAUAGGCUGAAUUAAGAGUUGCCAUGGAUUUCAGCUCAGGAGGUUGGCUGUUAGAGUGCAAUCAUGCCUUUAUCACUAACAUCAGCAGUGAUAUACUGUAUGCUUAAUGUGCAAUCUGAGAUUGAUUUAUGGCCUCCAUGGGGGUGUCGAGCAACAGACCUGAGUAUGAACUGGGAUACAAUGGAAGGGGAAUUUCCUGCCCUCUUUUUGGAGAGCCCUUUGACAAACAAUUUGAGACUUCAAAUGGGCGCGAGGACAUUAAAUUUCUCAAACCUACAUGUGUUGCAGUGGUUGUGUAUUCAGUAGGAAGUUUGUGCUGUGCAGUAGCAGGAACAGGAUGUCAGGUGUGUUCAUCGCUAGGUGAGGUUAGAUACAAGAGCUGCUAAGUCAGCUCUUUGAAAUCUUUAAAUCCAUCCAUCAGUUGUUGAAGCUAUAGAGAACCCUCCAACCAUGGGCCCAGCCUUGCUGGCUCCGACACCCCACCCCCUUAUGCCAUAGGCACUCUGCUUGAGGAAUCUUAGCAGAAGAGGAGAGGCAGCUGAGAUUUGAAAUCUGAUCCUUGCUUUAUGCCAUUAACCUAUUGUAACCUAGCGGGAACAGGGGGCAAAGAUGAGGCAGUAACUUUUCUCAGAAAAACCCAGUCUGUGAUUGCAAGGCUCUAAAUGUUACCGGGUAUGCCAAGAAAAAUGUUAAGGCAACAAAAGAAGCAAACACAGGGCUUGCCUCACACUGAGGACCAGUCCUUUUCCUACAUAGUUUAGCAACUCCUACUCCCCGUUUACUGCAGGUGAACGGUAGCUUGACAGAUUGUUUUACCAUUUAGCAGGUUGUAAACAUGGCAGACUGUGCAUCUGGAACAUGAACCACGCUUUCUGUGUAGUUUUAAUGUCAAGGCCACAAAGCUACAGAGAACAGAUGUGUUUUUUUAAAUCCACCUUGUAUACAUUUCAGGUGCCUAAGUAUGGUAGUUGUUGCCUUAAUGGAGUCUGCAUUCUAAUAGGAGCAGAGAGACAGACACCGUAUCUGUUUCUGUACAGCCAAGGUAAGCCCUCCCUGAAACAUAUGUAAUUGGUACUAGAAAAAACUCGUUUUGAAACCAUUUGAGAACUAUCUGCCCUGCCAUCUGUGCACAUUUCCAAAUAUUUUAUGACUGUGUGUGAAAAUCCUUGAUGUUACUGAUGUUAAGAGUUAGCUGUUUCUGGAAAGAUCUGUCCUUAAGUGAAAUUAAAGACCUUCUCUUGGACAUGC